AUGGCGACACCUCGAUCGAGAAAGAUUUCUCGAUUCGCUUCAACGACCCAAGCUUCUAACCCUUCUUCUCCGUCUUCUCCUUCGUCGCCCUGCCCCGAGCCAGUCUCCCACGCUCGACCUGAACAGUCUACACCUCUGAAUGAGCCUGGACCUAGUCGACGGACGACACAUUUCGGCUUCCGUCAGGUCCCCGAGGAGGAGAAAGAGACCCUAGUCGGCGGAGUGUUCAGCUCAGUAGCUUCCAACUAUGAUCUCAUGAACGAUUCCAUGUCGUUGGGAAUCCAUCGGCUAUGGAAAGACUCCUUUGUUAAAUCACUCGUUCCCCGUUUACCUCCUUCUAGACAUUCUCCAGGAAACGAGAUCUGGCAACCAUCUUUCAAAUGUCUAGACGUUGCCGGAGGAACGGGAGAUAUCGCUCUCAGGAUUUUGGACCGUGCGAGGGAGCAGUAUGGGAAUAGGGACGUCGAAGUUGAGAUUGUCGAUUUGAAUCAAGGCAUGUUGGAUGAAGGUCGCAAAAGAGUAGCGAAGACAAUGUACUACAACACUCCGCAGAUAUCUUUCACACAUGGCAAUGCCCAGUCCCUCCCCUCGCAUAUUGCUUCCAACUCCAUCGACCUAUACACCAUUGCAUUCGGUAUUCGCAAUUGUACCUCUCUCCCCGCCGUCCUUUCCGAAGCAUUCAGAGUCUUGAAACCAGGUGGCAAGCUUGGCGUUUUAGAGUUCGGCAAGGUUGGGAACCCUCUCUUCGCACAGAUCUACCGACAGUACUCGUUCUCGUUUAUCCCCAUCAUGGGCAAAAUACUCGCCGGAGAUUCCGAAUCGUAUCGAUAUCUCGUAGAGUCGAUCGAAAAGUUCCCCACUCAAGAAGAGUUUGCUACUUUGGUCCAACAGGCCGGUUUCCAGACCGGUCAACUGAGAGAAGGAAAGGGCGGAGCUUGGACCGAUUUCACAGGCGGUAUCGCAACCAUGUGGACGGGUGUCAAGGCAUAG